AUGGAGAUCCAAAAACAACCAAAGUUCAAAAUUCUAAUGUUCCCAUAUUUAGCUCAUGGCCACAUAUCUCCCUUUCUCCAACUUGCCAAAACACUCCCAACAACAAACUUCACUAUCUACUUAUGCUCAACCCUCAUCAAUCUAAACUCUAUAAGAGCUAAUUCUGAAACUCCGAGCUCAAUUAAACUAGUCGAGCUCCACGUCCCACCAACUCCCGAGCUACCCUCCGAGCUCCACACAACCAAGAAUCUCCCAUCCAAUCUCAUAAGAGCACUAUUAAAAGCCUUCCAAGCCUCGAGCCCUAGCUUCAUCGAAAUACUAAACUCCAUAAAACCCGAUCUUCUGAUAUAUGACUUCUUCCAACCCUGGGCCCCGAAGCUCGCCUCUUUGAACGGAAUCCCUAGCGUUUAUUUCUCAACUUCCGGCUCAACAGUAUUCGCGUACGCACAUCACGUGCACUCAAUGGGGACGGGCUCCACUUUCCCUUUCAAAACAAUACAUAUACCCGACUUUGUCGAACACAAGAUAUGGAAGGAAAUCAAGGUCCUUGUAAAAGAUGCCGAUGACGAUUUUUCAUUCGGCAACUUAGCACGAAGCCACGACAUCGUUUUGGUAAGGAGUUGCCGCGCGUUGGAACAGAAAUACAUGGAUUACCUUUCCGUUUUGUGCAAGAAACGGAUAGUACCCACCGGCCCACUCAUAACAGACAUUCCAGAGGCUUGUGACCAUAAUAACUACAACAUUAAAGACCAAAAACAUUCGAAUAUCAUGAAGUGGCUAAGUGAAAAAGGUCCUAGCUCCACAAUAUACAUUUCGUUCGGGAGUGAAUACUUCCUUUCAGAAACGGAGAUAGCCGAGAUAGCGAAAGGGUUGCAAAUUUGCAGAGCGAAUUUUUUGUGGGUCAUAAGACUCCCACACAGCGAGAAGAUCGCCGACGUAGAAGAGAAGCUUCCGGAAGGGUUCCUCGAGGCCGUGAAAGAUAGAGGAAUGGUGACCGGGAAGUGGGCCCCACAGACUCGGAUUCUGGCUCACCCGAGUGUGGGAGGCUUCGUGAGUCACUGCGGGUGGAGCUCGAUCACGGAGAGCAUGUACUUUGGCGUCCCGAUUAUAGGAAUGCCGAUGAAGGCCGAGCAGCCAGCAAAUGCCAGGCUGGCGGUGGAUGUCGGGACGGGGAUUGAGGUCCCCAAGGGUAAAGGUAGAAAUUACGCGGGCGAGGAGCUGGCGAACGCGAUCGAUAAGGUCAUGAAGGAGGACGAGUUUCGGGUUAGAGCUAAAAGGAUGAGUGAGAAGAUUAAAGAGAAUGCCGAGCGCGAGGCCAACGAAACGGCUGAGGAGCUGUUGAGGAUUUGCAUGGAGAAUAAGAAACAAAUGUGA